GGGCGCUCGCGGCGUCUCCAGGGAAGGAGCGCCGCGCCUGAGAAGGAGGAGGCGGCAGCGGCUGCCCAGCCCGGGGCCGAUCCGGAGCCGUGCCCGCCGGAGGACCGAGCCGUUGCCGCGAUGGAGCAGCUGUCGGAUGAGGAGAUUGACCAUGGUGCUGAAGAAGACAGUGACAAGGAAGACCAGGACCUAGAUAGAAUGUUUGGAGCCUGGCUAGGGGAGCUAGACAAACUCACUCAGAGUUUGGAUUCUGACAAGCCCACGGAACCAAUAAAAAGAUCUCCUCUUCGCCAGGAAACAAACAUGGCCAAUUUUUCUUAUCGCUUCUCCAUAUACAACUUGAAUGAAGCUCUGAAUCAGGGAGAAACUGUGGAUCUGGAUGCCCUAAUGGCCGAUCUUUGCUCAAUAGAGCAGGAGCUCAGCAGUAUCGGUGCUGGAAAUACUAAGCGUCAAAUCACAGAAACAAAGGCCACGCAGAAGUUACCCGCUAGCCGACAUACAUCAAAACAUGGCACCUUGAAAGGACUGUCUUCUUCGUCCAAUAGGAUAACUAAACCGUCUCAUGCCAACUACUCCCUGGAUGACAUCACUGCACAGUUAGAACAGGCCUCCUUGAGCAUGGAUGAGGCUGCUCAGCAGUCUGUACUAGAAGAUACCAAGCCGUUAGUAACUAAUCAGCACAGGAGAACAGCGUCAGCGGGCACAGUGAGUGAUGCCGAAGUACGCUCUAUUAGUAACUCCUCUCGUUCAAGCAUCACCUCUGCGACCUCCAGCAUGGACUCUUUGGAUAUUGAUAAAGUAGCACGCCCUCAAGAACUGGAUUUGACACAUCAGGGGCAGCCAAUUACUGAGGAAGAACAGGCAGCAAAAUUGAAAGCUGAGAAGAUCAGAGUUGCCCUAGAGAAAAUUAAAGAGGCACAAGUGAAAAAGCUGGUGAUUAGAGUCCACAUGUCUGAUGAUAGUUCUAAAACAAUGAUGGUGGAUGAGAGGCAGACAGUGAGACAAGUGCUGGAUAACCUGAUGGACAAAUCCCACUGCGGUUAUAGUUUAGACUGGUCUCUGGUGGAAACCAUCUCUGAGUUACAGAUGGAGAGAAUCUUUGAAGAUCAUGAAAACUUGGUUGAAAAUCUUCUUAAUUGGACAAGAGAUAGCCAAAACAAGCUUAUAUUUAUGGAGCGUAUAGAAAAAUACGCACUUUUCAAAAAUCCACAGAAUUACCUUCUGGGGAAAAAGGAAACAGCUGAGAUGGCAGAUAGAAACAAAGAAGUGCUGUUGGAGGAGUGUUUUUGUGGAAGUUCUGUAACUGUACCAGAAAUUGAGGGAGUCCUUUGGUUGAAAGAUGAUGGCAAGAAGUCCUGGAAAAAGCGUUAUUUCCUCUUGCGAGCAUCUGGUAUCUACUAUGUCCCUAAAGGAAAAGCAAAGGUCUCUCGGGACCUGGUGUGCUUUCUUCAGCUGGAUCAUGUAAACGUCUACUAUGGACAGGACUAUCGGAACAAAUACAAAGCUCCUACAGACUAUUGUCUGGUGCUCAAGCAUCCGCAGAUCCAGAAGAAAUCUCAGUACAUCAAAUACCUUUGCUGUGAUGACAUGAGGACCCUGCACCAGUGGGUCAAUGGUAUCCGCAUCGCAAAGUACGGGAAGCAGCUCUACGUGAACUAUCAGGAAGCUUUGAAGAGGACAGAACCGGCUUACGAUUGGACUUCCUUAUCCAGCUCCAGCAUUAAAUCAGGAUCUAGCUCCUCCAGCAUCCCAGAAUCUCAGUCCAAUCACUCCAAUCAGUCUGACAGUGGAGUGUCUGACACCCAGCCGGCAGGACACGUCCGUUCCCAGAGCAUGGUGAGCUCCAUCUUCUCUGAGGCCUGGAAGCGAGGCACGCAGCUGGAAGAGUCCAGCAAGGCCAGAAUGGAGUCUGUGAAUCGACCCUACACUUCACUCAUUCCCCCUUUAUCCCCACAGCCCAAGCUAGUCACCCCCUACACGGCCUCACAGCCUUCACCACCCCUCCCGCCCCCGCCCCCACCCCCUCCGCCUCCCCCGCCCCCUCCGCCUCCCCCGCCCCCGCCCCUGCCCAGCCAGUCCGCCCCGUCUGCGGGCUCCGCAGCCACAAUGUUUGUCAAGUACAGCACAAUAACCAGGCUGCAGAACGCCUCUCAGCAUUCGGGAGCCCUGUUUAAGCCUCCCCCCGCAUCAGGGAUGCAGCCCUCGACCUCACUGUCAGUGAAGCCUCAGAUUCUGGUACCCCCCAAUGGAGUGGUGCCUCCCCCGCCACCCCCGCCCCCGCCCCCCACUCCCGGCUCUGCUAUGGCCCAGCUGAAGCCCGCCCCCUGCACCCCGUCCCUGCCGCAGUUCAGUCCCCCACCUCCUCCACUGAAGAUUCAUCACAUCCAACAUGGUACGCAGACAGCUCCUCCAGCGCCCCCACCUCCUCCUCCCGUCCCUGCCCCCGUCCCUCCCCAGGCCCCCCCCAAGCCCCUUGUGACCUUGCCCCCCCCAGCGAGCACCAAGACUGUGCCACCCGCAGUGACACAGUCGUUGCCACCCACACCUACUCCGCCAGUCCCCCCAGUAAAAAAGCAGCCGGUUCUUCCUGUGUCUCACGUUCCACCCUCUCCCCCUGUUCCUCCGGGUCCGGUGCCCCCGCCCACGCUACCCAAGCAGCAGAGCUUCAGUGUAAAACCACCCCCCUCGCCCCUGUCCCCCGCGCCCUCCGUGGUGAAGCAGAUAGCCAGCCAGUUCCCCCCACCUCCAGCCCCACCUCCCGCCGAGGGGCCGCCCUUAAAGCCUGCCUCGGUCAGCCUCGCCCCACAGUCCCCCCCUGCCGUGAAAGCAAAGCCCAAGUGGCAGCCCAGCUCCGUCCCUGUCCCUUCUCCGGACUUCCCCCCUCCUCCCCCAGAGAGCAGCCUGGUGUUUCCUCCUCCGCCGCCACCACCACCCACCCCGGCCCCGCAGCCACCGCCGCCACCGCCACCACCGCCGCCAGCCACACCCACAGCGGCUCCUGCCCCCACCCCCGACAAAAGCAGCUCUCCCGGCAAAAAGAGCAGUAAAACCUGCAGCCCCGGGGGAAAGAAACCGCCCCCGACCCCGCAGCGCAACUCCAGCAUUAAGUCCAGCAGCUGUGCAGAGCACCCUGAGCCCAAGAAACCCUCAGUGGACAGUCUAAUCAGCAAGUUCGCAUCGCCAGCCGAACCCUCGGGGUCUCCUGGCAAGGAGACCCCACCACCUCCAGCAGCGCCCCCCAAGCCAGGAAAACUCCAUCUUUCCGGAGUUAACCUUCCCGGGGUGCUCCAGCAAGGAUGCCUGUCCGCGAAGGUGGCUGCGCUGAGUGGGCGCGGCAAAGACUCGGCGGUGGAGUUCCCUUCUCCUCCGUCCGAUUCUGACUUCCCACCCCCUCCGCCGGAAACCGAGCUUCCUCUGCCCCCCAUCGACAUCCCAGCAGUGUUCUCAGGAAGCACCUCUCCAAAAGUGGCCGUUGUUAACCCGCAGCCGCAGCUCUGGUCCAAAACGUCGGUGAAGAAGGCCCCUCCGCCCACACGACCCAAACGGAACGAUAGCACCCGCCUCACUCAAGCCGAGAUCUCGGAGCAGCCAGCCACGGCCGCAGUCGUGCCGCAAGUGCCCACCUCGCCCAAAUCCAGCCUUAGUGUCCAGCCUGGCUUCCUGGCUGACCUCAACAGGACACUGCAGCGCAAGUCCAUCACCCGGCACGGCUCGCUCUCCUCCUCCCGCGUGUCUAGAGCGGAACCCACAGCCACCAUGGAUGACAUGGCAUUGCCCCCGCCACCCCCUGAACUGCUUUCUGAGCAGCAGAAAGCCGCUUACGGAGGCAGUCAUAUAUCAGGCUAUGCAACGUUGCGGAGAGGACCGCCUCCCGCUCCCCCCAAGAGAGACCAGAACACCAAGCUCUCAAGAGAUUGGUAGCUACCUUAGGAUUUUAUUUUCAUGCAAUGUGUAAUCAGUUCUACAAU